AUGAACACGCCAAGAGAACUGAUCGACAGUAACUCUCCCCAACGGGAGAAUAGGUCACCAAAUGUCUAUUUGCUCGUGGUGAAUUCAGACCUAACAAAGAAUUACCUGACCCACCCGGUACUGUGGUAUGCCGCCUAUUGGAGGAGAUGGGCAGAGUUGGUGAUAUCAUCAUCGGAUGUGACGCCAACGCACAUCACUUCCAUUGGGGAAGCAGCAACACAAAUACAAGAGGUUUUGGAACAAGUUCAUCCACGUCUGACUGCUAAGGAAGAGGCAUUAAUGUUUGUAGAGACGUUGUGCUUACGAAUUUUAGCCAUGCUUUGCGCAAAACCCCUGCCACAUACUGUCCAGGAUAUUGAGGAAAAAGUUCGAAAAUAUUUCCCAUCGCCAAUAGAUUGUUGGGCAUUAAAUGAAGCAAAGGAAGCUCUGGUUUCAAAAAAACGUAAAUCUGUCCUUCCAACGGAUCGUGUUCAUACAUUACUACAAAAGGACGUUUUGCAAUAUAAAAUUGACAGCUCGGUUUCUGUAUUUUUGGUCGCCGUGUUGGAAUAUAUAUCCGCGGACAUAUUGAAACUGGCUGGGAAUUAUGUAAGGAAAAUAAAGCAUUGCGAAAUAUCCAAGGAAGAUAUUGAAGUAGCAAUGUGUGCGGACAAGGUUCUAAUGGAUAUGUUUUAUCAACCAGACAUAAAAACAAAUGUUUUACCAAGUCCUUUACCGUCGCUGCCGGCACAGCGUACGAGCACAACGUACGAGGAAGUUGUCAAAGAUUUAAUCAACGACGAGAAACAAUAUCAACGUGAUUUACACAUGAUCAUUCGAGUUUUUCGAGAGGAGCUCGUUAAAAUAGUUAAGGACCCUAAGGAGAUUGAAGACAUUUUUUCUAACAUCUUAGAUAUAUAUGAAGUGACGGUAACAUUGUUAGGUUCAUUGGAGGAUGUUAUUGAAAUGUCCCAGGAACAGAGUGCACCAUGUGUUGGCAGUUGUUUUGAGGAGUUAGCCGAAGCUGAAGAGUUCGAUGUGUAUACCAAAUAUGCACAAGAAGUUACUUCUCAAACAUCAAGAGAUGCAUUAACGACAUUGCUUGCAAAGCCAGACGCAAUGUCACUAAUGUCAGCGGGCCACGGAUUCCGAGACGCCGUAAAAUAUUACUUACCAAAGUUGUUAUUGGUACCUAUUUGGCACGCGUUUAUGUAUUUUGAUUAUAUAAAGAUAUUAAUGAAAUAUAGUCCUUCGCAAGACGAUAUAGAAAGCUUUGAACAAGUUCAGGGUCUAUUGCGCCCAUUAAGAAAUGACCUAGAAAAUAUUGUUGCAACGUUGCCAAAGUAUGUAGAAUCCUGCAUUGCAAUGAGUAGUAGAGCCCGUAGGCAGCUUGCCAUUGAACGGACAAGAGAACUGCAGAACACGGUAGAGCAUUUCGAUAAAGAUGUUGGUCAAAACUGCAAUGAGUUUAUUCGAGAGGAUGUCCUAGGAAAACUUGGUUCUGGGAAAAAAAUUGCGGAACGCAAGGCAUAUCUUUUUGAUGGAUUAAUGCUUCUUUGUAAACCUAAUACAAAACGUCAAACUACAUCGGCAAACUCUCAGGUUUACGAAUAUAGGCUAAAAGAAAAAUUUUAUAUGAGACGAGUUGAGAUAAAUGACCGUCCUGACACCGACGAUCUUAAAUAUGCAUUUGAUGUCGCUCCAAGAGUUCAACCGCCAAUAACUCUAGCUGCUAAAAGUUCUUUGCAUAAAAAUGAUUGGAUGGCAGAUCUAAUAAUGGUAAAUACAAAGUCAAUGCUUGAUAGAAUUCUUGACAGCAUUCUAUUGGAUAUCGAAAAGAAACAUCCACUACGUAUGCCUAGCAGCGACAUAUAUAGGUUCGCCGAACCUGACAGUCCCGAUAAUAUAGUUUUGGAAGAAAGAGAGAGUGCCGGAGUACCAUUAAUAAAGGGUGCAACAUUGUGUAAGCUCAUUGAACGGCUUACUUAUCAUAUUUACGCAGACCCAAUGUUUGUACGUACAUUCCUUACAACAUACCGAUAUUUCUGUACGCCACAGAAUUUACUUUCCUUGCUGAUAGAACGCUUUAAUAUACCUGAUCCCAGCGUAGUUUAUACGGACAACAGUGAUAAAGAUUGUGAAACCGAUAAACUUCAUAAAAAUUCUCAAAGGGAGGAUUGGAAGCGUUAUCGAAAGGAAUAUGUACAGCCUGUACAAUUUAGGGUCUUAAACGUUUUACGACACUGGGUGGACCAUCAUUUUUAUGAUUUUGAAAAAGACCCAUCAUUACUUGAAAAAUUGUUGCAGUUCCUAGAAAGUGUAAAUGGGAAAUCAAUGAGGAAAUGGGUCGAUUCUGUUCUAAAAAUAGUCCAAAGGAAGAGCGAGCAAGAAAAAUAUCAAAAACAAAUCACGUUUGCAUAUGGUCAUAGCCCUCCUCCUAUUGAACACCACCUCAAUGUACCAGAAUCUGAGAUUACUCUUUUAACAUUGCAUCCGUUGGAGUUGGCCAGACAACUUACUUUACUGGAAUUUGAACUCUAUAAAAAUGUGAAGCCAUCGGAGUUGGUGGGAUCGCCAUGGACAAAGAAGGACAAGGAACUAAAAAGUCCAAAUUUGCUUAAAAUUAUGAAACAUACCACAAACGUUACACGUUGGAUUGAAAAAACUAUAAUUGAAGCUGAAAACUACGAAGAACGUGUGGCUAUGGUAACCCGGGCAAUAGAAGUAAUGAUGGUAAUGCUGGAAUUAAAUAACUUUAAUGGAAUAUUAUCUAUAAGCGCCGCAAUGGGCAGUGCUUCCGUAUAUCGCUUAAAAUUAACAUUCCAAGGUCUACCGGCGCGUUAUGAAAAAUUUUUGGAAGAAUGUCGUGAAAUGAAUGACGGACAUUUAAAAAAAUAUCAAGAACGGUUGCGAUCUAUAAAUCCGCCUUGUGUCCCUUUUUUUGGUCGUUAUUUAACUAACAUAUUACAUUUAGAGGAAGGCAAUCCCGACUUUUUGCCCAAUACCCAACUUAUUAAUUUUUCAAAACGACGGAAAGUUUCGGAAAUUAUUGGUGAAAUUCAGCAGUAUCAGAAUCAACCCUAUUGCUUAAUGGCUGAUGCUACAAUAAGGAGAUUCCUGGAAAACCUAGAUCCCUUUAAAGGCAUGUCAGAUACAGACAUAUCAAACUUUUUGUAUCACGAAAGUCUUCGAAUUGAACCAAGAGGGUGUAAACAACCACCUAAGUUUCCUAGAAAAUGGAGUUCAAUAUCAUUAAAAUCUCCAGGCAUUAAACCACGUCGACAAAAUGUUAACGUCAGUGCCAGCAACAUAACAACAACCAAUGUCACAUCGAAUGCAAGUAAUUGUGCUCAACCGAUUACAGCACGAUCUCCGGCAACAGAAACUAGCAGUGGGGAACAAUCAUCUCCUAAUAUUAGCGGUUAUAAUGCUAUUGCAAAUGAUAUACAAGCAUUCUCUGUGUUUGCCAAUGUAAAUAUACCUGAACGUAAUGGCCCCAAAUGGAACUCAACUGCUCUUAAUAGUAAUCAAAAUACAAGUACACCUUCAUCUUCGUCUUUCCUAACACAACCUUUAUCUACACGAAUUGACAUCCUACAACUACCUGAGACGGACGAUGCUCCACUAUUACCAAAAAAGCCCAAUGCAGCUACAUGUCUACAAACAGCAUUGAGCCCAACUUUUAGCGAAACAUCUUCGUCAGUGCAUUUAGAUUUCAUUGUAACUAAUUUGGAUGAACACGGCACACAGUCUGGAACACAAUUAUUGGGUAAUCGCAAUGCGAAUAUCCAGAUUGGGGCUGAAAACGAUGUAUCGUCUCCUUUACCAAAACUGGUAGUUAGUCCAUUACGAGAACAUCAUUCCAUAAAUAACCGACCAUCAUUCCACUGCACAACGUCCACAAAUAAAACUAAUAAUACGCCGUCUUCUCAUGUCAGGUAA